AUGGGGAACAAAGUUGAAUGCCCUAAGUGCAGAAAGAACUUCAAGAACUCUGACUUUUUGGAAUUUCAUAUGAAGUUAAAUCAUUUUUAGAAUGAUUAAAGUGGAGCUGUAUUUUAAGAUUACGGAAGAGGGGAGAUGAGAGUCGAUUACGGAAUAUGUCUUGCUGAUUACUGUGAUAUAUUUGAAUGCAGAGAUAUAAAUGAUAGAUAAUUGAAAACAUAAGUUUAUAUGGACAGAAAAGAGAUUCAAGAUCCUGUUUAAAGGAAGAUUUUGGCGAAUGAGCCAGUCAGAUACUAAAUAGUUUCUUAUCUAACUUAAGAAUCUAAAGAAAGGCUAGAGUCUCAAUGCACCAGCCUAUUUAUGAAUUGCAUUGAUUUUGAUUUGACUACAUAAGCAGAUGCAAUUCAAGCUUUCGACAUGCUUUAUAGCAUUUACUGCAAAAAGUUCGCUUAUAUAGACAGAGAUUAGGAAAAGCGAAAUGAGGAAAAAGGUGAAGGUAUCGAUAAAGUGCUAGAAUAGCUAUCUAUAAACAAGGCAUUUGAAAAGCGUGAUAAGAGCAAGGAGGUCUGGAACAUCAUCAAAAUAAUUUGUGGAAUUUUCACAGUCAUCUUGAUUAUUCUUUACUAUACAGGCGUCUAUUUCUCCAUCUUUGAUGAAGAUGCCUUAUCAGAUAAAAAACGUAAAUAUGAGAAUCAGACGAAAGCGACCUAUGUUAAGAACAACAAGAUACACUCCCAAUGA